GGAAAGCUUCUUCAACAACUGCAGCCACCUCGGUAGCUCUCUAGCCAACAAAGUCGGAGCAUUCAAGUUAUUUAGACAAUUUCGUGGUUUAUUUGCCACUAUGAUUUAAACACACACGUGGAAACAACUAGCUACCCCAUUUAAUUUAAUUAUUACGUUGUAAGUCAACUAGCUGGCUGGUUAAGUUAGUACUUGUCUAGUCGCUAAUGCUAGCUGUUAUCCCCGACCAUGAGUUCACUAAGCUACUCUCCUCCUGCUAAAGAAGAGGCCGUCUGCUGGACGGAGAAAGAAGCUCUGGUGAAAGAGGAGGAUGUUACAAUACAAAAACAAGUAGAGAGUGAGGCUGUUACCGUGAAAGAAGAAGAGAAAGACGUUACAGAGAAAGACGCCUUCAGAGUGGAGGACGAUGUUACUGUGAAAGAAGAUGAAGACGUUUUUGGAAUGAAGGAUGAACAGGGGGAGAUUACUGUCACAUUAGAGGAGGACGAAGAAGAGAAGACUGGAGAUCUGAUUAACACCAGUAAAUACAGAGAGAGACGGGACUAUCGCGGAUCCUCUGGGGAGCCUCAACAACAUAAUGAUGCUGAAGAGGCAGAGAAGAGUCUCUCCAGAUCCGAACACCUCAAGAAACACCAGCAAAGACCCACAGGGAAGAAAUCUAACUGCUGCGCUGACUGUGGGAAACAUUGCACAUAUUCAUCAAAACUUAAAAUUCACCAGCGAGUACACACAGGAGAGAAGCCUUAUAGCUGUAAUGAAUGUGGGAAGAGUUUCACUCAGUCAAUUAAUCUGAAAACACACCAGAGAACACACACAAGAGAGAAGCCUUACAGCUGUGAUCAGUGUGGCAAGAGUUUUACUCAGUUAAGUAAUCUGCUAUCACACCAGAGAAUACACACAGGAGAGAAACCUUAUAGCUGUGAUCAGUGUGGCAAGAGUUUUGCUCAGUCAAGUAGCCUGGUAUCACACCAGAGAACACACACAGGAGAGCAGCCAUAUAGCUGUGAUCAGUGUGGCAAGGGUUUUACUCGGUCAACCAACCUGGUAUCACACCAGAGAACACACACAGGAGAGCAGCCUUAUAGCUGUGAUCAGUGUGGCAAGGGUUUUACUAAUUCAAGAAAGCUGGUAUCACACCAGAGAACACACACAGGAGAGAAGCCUUAUAGCUGUGAUCAGUGUGGCAAGGGUUUUACUCGGUCAACCAACUUGGUAUCACACCAGAGAACACACACAGGAGAGCAGCCUUAUAGCUGUGAUCAGUGUGGCAAGAGUUUUACUAAUUCAAGAAACCUGCUUUCACAUCAGAGAACACGCACAGGAGAGCAGCCAUAUAGCUGUGAUCAAUGUGGCAAGAGUUUUACUCAGUCAAGCAAGCUGCUAUCACACCAGAGAACACACACAGGAGAGCAGCCAUAUAGCUGUGAUCAGUGUGGGAAAGGCUUUUCUCGGAUAGGACAGCUUAAAGGACACCAGAGAACACACACAGGAGAGAAACCUUUUAGCUGUAAUCAAUGUGGGAAAAGUUUUGCUCAUUCAAGUAAUCUGAAAAAACACCAGAGAACACACACAGGAGAGAAACCUUAUAGCUGUGAUCAGUGUGGCAAGAGUUUUACUCAGUCAUGCAACCUGGUAUCACACCAGAGAACACACACAGGAGAGCAGUCAUAUUGCUGUGAUCAAUGUGGCAAGAGCUUUGCUAAUUCAAGCCACCUGGUAUCACACCAGAGAACACACACAGGAGAGCAGCCAUAUAGCUGUGAUCAGUGUGGGAAGAGUUUUACUCAGUCAAGCAACCUGGUAUCACACCAGAGAACACACACAGGAGAGAAGACUUAUAACUGUGAUCAGUGUGGCAAGAGUUUUACUCAUUCAAGUAAUCUGAAAACACACCAGAGAACACACACAGGAGAGAAGCCUUAUAGCUGUGAUCAGUGUGGCAAGAGUUUUACUCAGUUAAGCAACCUGGUAUCACACCAGAGAACACACACAGGAGAGAAGCCUUAUAGCUGUGAUCAGUGUGGCAAGAGUUUUACUCAGUCAAGCAACCUGGUAUCACACCAGAGAACACACACAGGAGAGCAGCCAUAUAGCUGUGAUCAAUGUGGGAAAAACUUUUCUCAGGGAGAAAGACUUGAAGAGCACCAGAGAACACACACAGGAGAGAAGCCUUAUAGCUGUGAUCAGUGUGGCAAAAGAUACUCUCAUUCAAGUGGUCUGAUUAAACAUCAGAAAAUACAUGCAGGAGAUCCAUAUCAGCAGAUGGCGUUCCCGACCAUGAGCUCACUAACCUACUCUCCUCCUGCUAAAGAAGAGGUCUGCUGGACGGAGAAAGAAGCUCUGGUGAAAGAGGAGGAGGAGGCUGUUUCAAUACAAAAACAAGUAGUGGGUGAGACUGUUACCGUGAAAGAAGAAGAGAAAGACGUUUCAGUUAAAGAAGAGGGAGACGCGUCCAGAGUGAAAGAGGAAGAGGGUGUUACAGUAAAAGAAGAGGAGGAUGCAGUGAAAGAAGAGGACGAGGCGUUCAGAGUGAAGGAGGAGGAUGUUACUGUAAAAGAAGAGGAAGAGGCGUUCAGAGUGAAGGAGGAGGAGGAUGCCGUUUUUGGAGUGAAAGAAGAGGAGGGGGAGAUGACUGUCACAUUGAAGAAGGAAGAAGAGGAGGAAACUGGAUAUCUGGGCCCAGUUUCCCAAGGGCAUCUUAAGGCAUCCAAUGGUUCUAACGAUGAACGUUCCCUGGUUAACACUCGAGAGAGACGUGACUAUUGUGGGUCCUCUGGGGAGCCUCAACAACAUCAUGAUGCUGACGAGGCAGAGAAAAGUCUCUCCAGAUCAGAACACAUCAAGAAACACCAGCGAGAACACACAGGAAAGAAAUCUCACCACUGUUUUGAGUGUGGGAAGAGUUACUUAAGAUCAAAUUCACUGAAAGUACACCUGAGAAUACACACUGGAGAGAAACCUCACUGCUGCUCUGACUGUGGGAAGAGAUUCACCUCUUCAGUGGACCUUAAAAUACAUCAUAGAAUUCACACUGGAGAGAAACCUUAUGGCUGUGAUCAAUGUGGGAAAAGUUUUACUCAGCCAAGCAACCUGAAAUCACACCAGAGAAUACACACAGGAGAGAAACCAUAUAGCUGUAAUCAAUGUGGGAAGAGUUUUAUUCAGUCAAGCAGCCUGAUAGUGCACCAGAGAACACACACAGGAGAGAAAUUGUAUAGCUGUAAUCAGUGUGGGAAGAGUUUCACUCAGUCAAGCAGCCUGAUAGUGCACCAGAGAACACACACAGGAGAGAAGCCAUAUAGCUGUACUCAAUGUGGGAAGAGUUUUGUUACAUCUGGCUGUCUGAAGACACACCAGAGAACACACACAGGAGAGAAACCUUAUAGCUGUGAUCAAUGUGGGAAGAGUUUUACUCAGCCAAACAGCCUGAUAGUACAUCUGAGAACACACACUGGAGAGAAACCUCAUAGCUGUGAUCAAUGUGACAAGACAUUCUCUGAUAAAAGAUUUCUGAUCAAACAUCAGAAAAUACAUGGAGUUGUUUCAUGAUAUCAAUGAAUUAAUGUCACAAUGUAGAAUGUUUUAACAUUGUUGUAGGAGUAUUUUAAGGAUGUCAGAAUUUUGAAUGUUUUAACAUUGUAGGAGUAUUUUAAUGAUGUCACAAUGUAGAACCCUAAACGUUUGUCCCCUGUUUAUUUGAUAUAUUUAUAUAUCUAUAUCUCCUCAUCGGGGGAAAAAUCCAGGCUCUGAAAUGGAUGGGUACUAUUUAUGUUAUUUAACAAAAAGUGACUAACAAAAAAAAGAGUUGUGUAACACUUACCACGUUGGUGGCCCACUUGAUUCAAAAUGUAACCCUUCAAAAUGUAGCUGUCUGUCUUCUUCAGGUUGUCCUCUAACCAGUGAGGUAAAAGAUAUCUCCCAUUUCCAAGUGUUUUUUUAGUUGUGUUAGUUUCAACAGCACAUGCAACCUGACCCCCCCCCCCCUAAUCGAUAUCAGUGAGUUAUUACUACUUGUCAAAACAACAGCGUUUCUGGUGCUUGUGCAGUUUAUAAGGAACUUCUAUGAUCAUUGUGGACAAAAUAUUAGGAACACCUUAAUAUUGAGUUGCACCUCCUUUUGCCCUCAGAACAGCCUCAAUUUGUCAGGACACGGACUCUUACAAGGUGUUGAAAGCGUUCCACAGGCAGAGAGAAAGAAAAGAAUGAAGGCCAGUGGCCCGGAACCAGGCAAGGUAGUACUAGGACCUUAAUAGAACUGAAGACACUUGUGCUAACCUCCACUCUCUCUCUCUCUUGUCUCUCUUCCUCCUCUCUCCCCCCUCUGCUUUGAUUCUUGGAGGUCCCUUGCUCCCAUGUCAGUUCAAGCCCUUAGGUGAGAGAGUGACCCCUCCACAAGACCUCAGUAUUCACAGGCCACUGUCCCGUGCCCUUCCUCUCCUUCCCUGUCAGUCCCUCUCUGCUUUGUGCCCUGGACCAGGGGUCAGAGCGACAGAGGGAACAUUAAUUGAAAUGAAGAGCCUAUUUCCUGAUUCCUUCUCUUCCCAGCUUCACGCUUUUAGAUCUAGGGUGGAACUGGAAGGCAAUUUACUAUUAAAGGGAUAGGUGGAGAUUUAAGAAGGCGCUUCAAUGACAAGAGCUCACUGUUUAUGAAUCAGUAGGAAAUACACCUUCUAUGAUCAUUGUGGCAGAUGUUUGUGUAGAUAGCACAUUUUAUAUUUAGGUUUUCUAUAUAUCACAAACUGUUUCUGCAUAUUGAUUUGGAGAAGUUAAAACUGUUUUGACAUUGAGGCUAUCCCACCUAGCAAAAUGUAAUUGAAAAGAAGACAAGGCCUAACGUUCAAUAUACGUGUUGGUGGUAAACAAACUUGUCCAAAAAAAAUAUAGGAUAUAUUUUUUGUCUUAAGGUGGAAGGUGCAUUUUCCAUUUAUGUUUUGAGGUUGGACUUUAGCACGUAUAGCUCGUUAGCACGUAGGGCGCACUGAUUGGUGUCACCUCGUUGGUCAGUAUGUGUUACACCUGUGCUGGCUUGUCCAUCUCGUUAGUGGGAAGGUGUUUCACCUGCGCUGGUCCAGGUUCUAUUUAAGAGUGUCUGGCCCAGUGCUCCAGUUGUCUUGAUAGAUGUGGAGAGUCAACACCUUUAGUUGCUCCACCUUUUUGGUUUGCUUCCUGUCUUUAAGUUUGGUGUGUUUUUCUUUUGUUUGACUCUUCUUGUGCAGAUUUAGUGGGUCUCAUGGUGGGUGUCUUUUAAGGUCCCAGUUGUUGUUACAAGUCAACUUUCAGUGGACACCACCAUAGUGUCUUUCAGAGCCCCUCCUAAAACCCCACCUGUUUAGUUGUGGUUGUUGUCAGUGACUCUUUGUUAGUUCCCUUUUCUAUUUAAGGGACAUUUCUGUUUUUCUUGAUGGGGAAUGUAACAACAAUGUAGUAAAACAAGCUUAUAUUUUGUGUUGGAUAUUGCAUCCAAUUAAUAUUUUAAUCAAUGGCAUUUCCUUAGAAUGCUCAUUAGUCUUUCAGUUGUUAAUCUUCUGUGUUUGAUUGGUAAAUAAUUGUUUAUUUUCAAAGUAUUUGCAUUGCAUCCAUGUCUGAAAUGUGCUGUAUAAAUAAAGCUUGUUUUGAUCAUAUUGCAAAACAAAUUAACCCAG